AUGGCGUCGUCUAGUCGACAUGCUGGGGCAAUGGAGGAUGAGACUCUGCGUUUCCAGAUCGAGGAGGAGGACUUAGAAGCUGUUCUGGUUUCAGCGGGUGAUGGGGAGGAAGGAAUAGAUGACCGGUGGUGUUUGGUUGGCAAAUUUCUUUCAAAUCGAAUUAUCGAUUUUGAAAAAAUGCAGAACAUACUCGCUUCUUUAUGGCAACCGGGGAUGGGGAUGUUCGUCAAGCAGUUGGACACUAAUCGUUUCUUAUUCCAAUUUUAUCACGAGGUUGACAUCCAACGCGUGAUCAAUGGAAGUCCUUGGACUUAUGAUCGAAUGCAAUUGAUAAUCGAAAGGCUUAAUGUUGGUGGUGAUCCAAAGUCCUUACCAUUGAAUACUUUGGAUAUUUGGGUUCAAUUACAUAAUGUAGAACCGGGAUUCAUGACAGAAACCACUCUCCGAAAGGUUGGGAAUACUAUGGGGAAAUACUUGGAGUCGGAUCCUAAGAACUUUAUUGGCGUAUGGAGGGAUUAUCUUAGGAUGAGAAUAACUCUUAAUAUUGAAAAACCGUUACGCAGACGUUUGAAGAUCACAAAGGAUGAUGGGGCAUGGUUUUGGAUAAAUUUCAAAUACGAGAGGACUCCUACCUUUUGUUUUAUAUGUGGGAUAAUAGGACAUUCAGACAAAUAUUGUCCUAAAUUGUUUCACCAACCGAUUGAUCAACUUGCAAAACCGUAUGGUGAAUUCAUGAAGGCUUUACCUCCACGAAACCACAAGAAUGUUGGCUCACGGUGGCUUCGAACCAAAGGUUGGACUCCGGCAGUGGCAAUGGCAGGUGCGGCAGCUGGGAGGGAAGAAUCACCAUCAAUGAAUGCUGACGAUUUUACAGCUCCAAUCCCAGCCGUGAAUGAGGCAGGGAAUCAAGGUAAUAACUCUGCUAUUUUGGGGGGAUUGAAUGAAGAUGCUCGGCCAAGAAUGAUGGGAAACCAAGGGAGAGAAAUGGUUCUAAAUAAGGAAAGUGCUGUCAUUAUUCAACUUGAUAAUUCUGUGAUUAAUGAUAGUAAAAAACGCAAGGUGGAAAAUGAACAAAAGGGAGGGAAUGCUGAUAUGGAAAUAAUCAUGGGAAAUAGUUCAAAAAACUUAUCUUUGGCGGGCCUUGGCAAUGGGGCUCGCCAAUCAUUAUGA